AAUAGUUAUAUCAGGAGAGUCGUCGACUGUUCAGGCGCCAUCAGAGGUUGAAGAUUGAGAAUCAAGAAUCACAGCAAGCUGCGUCCCGCAGUCACUCGUCUCAAAAUGCCUGAGCUUGCGGAAGUUGCGCGAGUUGUCCAUUACCUACGAAAGAGCCUCGUUGGCAAGACGUUGAAAGUCGUCAAAGCCCAAGAUGAUUCGAACGUAUUUGGCAAGGCGGGCACAAGCGCUGCGGAGUUCGAAAAGGCCUUGACAGGAAAGAAAGUCGUGGACGCCGAUCAGCAGGGGAAGUAUUUCUGGUAUGGAACCCUUUGGAUUUAUUGGAGAGGCUUCCUGACACGCUCUAGGUUGAUCAUGGAUUCACCACCCCAUCCAGUGAUGCAUUUCGGCAUGACAGGAUGGCUCUAUAUUCGGGGGGAGCCAUCAGUACACUACCGUCCCAAGGAGCCCGAAGAAGAGGUGAUAUGGCCGCCAAAAUAUUGGAAAUUUAUUCUGGAAACAGAAGGGGAGCCCAAGGUGGAAGCGGCAUUCACAGACGCACGUAGAUUCGGAAGAGUACGUCUUGUCGAUUGUGCAGCGGGGGACAUUAGGAACACAACACCACUCAAAGAAAACGGACCGGAUCCGGUUAUCGACAAGCAUAUACUGACUGACGAGUGGGUGGAGAAGAAGCUGCGCAGUAAACACGUGCCGGUGAAGGCGCUGCUUUUGGAUCAGGCAAACAUCUCCGGGAUUGGCAACUGGGUUGGGGACGAGAUUCUGUAUCACGCAAAAGUGCACCCCGAGCAGUAUAGCGAUACGCUCAGCUCGGACCAGAUGAAGCAGCUGCGGACGUCUAUCCUCCACAUCUGCCAGACCGCCGUGGACCUGCUGGGAGAUGCGAGCAAGUUCCCAGACGAGUGGUUAUUCAAUCACCGUUGGGGGAAGGGGAAGAAGGACGCCCCUACUAGGUUGCCGAAUGGGGCGAAGAUCACACACGUGACGGUAGGUGGGCGGACGAGUUGCGUGGUUCCGAGUGUGCAGAAGAAGACUGGAGCGGUUGCUGGCGAUGUCAAGGAAGAGAGUUCGGACGAAGAGGCGGAUGGCGCUGGGAAAGGAGACUCCAAAGAGAGGAAGGGGAAGAAGGGGAGAGGAGGCGCGGCGGAGAAGAGGAAGACCGCCGCAGCGGCGGAGGAAGUUGUAAAGGGUGAAGCGAAAGCCAAUGGCGCGAAGAGGCGUAAGGCUGACGCUAGCCCCACGAAAGACGUAGCGAAGGACGGCAAGGAGUCAGCGGCGAGCAUGGGCAGACGACGUUCCGGGCGGACUCCCAAGACGAAAGACCGAUGAAUAAAUAAUAAGGAUGAAAGGAAUCAUAUGC